AUGGCGAUGAAACCGACGGUGGUGUUGUAUCCCAUGUCCGGCAUCGGGCAUCUACUCCCCAUGUUAGAGCUGGCCAAGCUCUUCCACCGCCACGAAUUCGCCGUCGCCGUCGUCAUCAUGCACUUCCCCUGGAAGCACCCUUCCGUCGACGCUUUCAUUGGCAGAGUCUCCGCCGCCCACCCCUCCAUCGCCUUCCACCGGCUCCCUCCGCCUGCCGACUUCCGAACCUCCCACGAGAUCAUACCCAUGGUACUCGACGGCGUUCGGCUCAACAACCCCGAGCUCCUUCGUUUCCUUGCCGCCCACCGCCGGGAAAACGAUGUCCGCGCCGUCGUCCUCGACUUCUUAUGCACCGACGCUCUCGACGUCGUCUCGGCCGAGCUCGGCCUCCCAGCCCACUUCUUCAUCUCCACCGGCGCCUCUGCUCUCGCUUCCUUCCUCUACUUGCCGUACCUCGAGUCCACCACUGAUUUGAGCUUUAGCGAUCUCGGUGACGCACCCAUCCAUUUCCCCGGAGUCCCCCCUAUUCCAGCCUCCGAUAUGUCUAGAGAGGUUAUGAGUCGUUCUUCGGAAGUUUAUAACAGGUUCGUGAACGACGUCACCCGACGGCUCCCCGAUGGUGACGCCUUUCUUGUCAACUCGUUCGAGUCGUUGGAAGCAGAGGCCGUAAAGGCUCUUUGCGAAGGGGCGUGCGUUCCUGGACGCCGGUUGCCGCCCGUCUAUUGCAUUGGACCGCUGAUCGCCGAAGGUAGCUCAGGAAAGGACGAAGCAAAGGCAGAGUGCAUGGCGUGGCUGGACGUGCAGCGACGCGGCAGCGUGGUGUUCCUCUGCUUCGGAAGUAUGGGCUCGUUCUCGACGGAGCAGCUGGAGCAGAUCGCCGUCGGCCUCGAAAGAAGCGAGCAGCGUUUCCUUUGGGCGGUGAGGGCUCCCAAGGAUGCGCCGUCUGCACUGAACCUGGAGGCACUGCUGCCGGAGGGAUUCUUAGAGCGGACGAAGCAGAGGGGGAUGGUGGUGAAGUCGUGGGCGCCACAGGUGGAGGUGCUGAACCACGAGGCGGUGGGAUGCUUCAUCUCACACUGCGGCUGGAACUCGACGCUGGAGGCGAUCUCUGCCGGUGUGGCGAUAGUCGCGUGGCCAAGGUACGCGGAGCAGCGGAUGAACAAGGUGUUCCUGGUGGAACAGAUGAAAUUGGCGGUGGUGAUGGAAGGAUACGACGGAGACAUGGUAGAGGCAGUGGAGGUGGAGUCGAAGGUGAGAUGGGUAAUGGAGGCAGAGGGCGGGAAGGAGCUGAGGGAGCGGGCGGCUGCGGCUAAAGAAAUGGCGGCGGCGGCGUGGAGCCAAGGUGGUUCAUCGAAACAGGCAUGGCUGGAGGUCGUCAAAACCUUGAAGAAUUAG